GGGUGUUGACAAGAUGGCGGCGAUCGGGGGGCUGCAGGACCGGGUGGAGGCGCUGGAGCGCCGGGUGUUCGGGCCCGGGGAGGCCCGCGGGCCGCGCAAGGCAGCAGAUGGCUUGGUGAAAGUUCAGGUGGCUUUGGGGAACAUUGCAAGCAAAAGAGAGAGGAUUAAAAUUUUGUAUAAGAAAAGACUGUGUGUGCUAUCCCCUGUGAUCAGAUCCCCUAGAAAUCCGCAGCCCAUCAGGCCUGAUGUCAUCAGAAAGGAUUUAUUCAUAGAUUCAUAG